AUGAGUCUUGCGUCGUCGUCGUCUCUCCCGCCGAUCGCACUCGCGACUCAGCGCCUCCGCACCUUUGCGGUCCAGGAGGAGCGGGCGCAUGAACUCACGACUUCAACGGCGCUGGAGGAGUGGGCAGCGCAGUCCUUCGAAGCCGAGACUGAGCGCAUCAACCGCGAGCUGGUGCAGAGGCGCGCGCAGGCGUCGGCGACGUUCCUACCCGCGCUUUACAUGCGAGGGCGCGACCCGGUCGCCGACGAGACAACACGGCUUCUGCACAGCACCUGCAAAGCCUUCGAGUUGGACCUGCGCUUCAAGGAGAUCGAAAAGCUGGACGAGAUGCACGCACAUUUGUGGACGCUGCUGAGUGCAGGGGAUCGCACCAGCAUCAGCAUGGAAGCCUACGAGCAGCUGCUGCACGAUUUCAAUGAGUGGGCAGCGGAACGCUAUGGAGCGCAACUGCCACCGCCGUCGAGCACCGUCUGGGAUGUGUCGGAGGAUGAGGACGAGUGCAUCCUACGCAGACGAGAGGGAAAGCAAGACGACCACGAGAGAAGCGGAGGCGGUACUUCGUCUCCCUCGAUGGCCCCGCUGAGCCCCCCUGUGUCGCCGGGCCAACCACUCUCCGCAAGCACGCCGCCGGUCUCGGCCGCUACUACAGCGUCCAACGACGCGCCAGGCAACAGCGGCACCCAGGGUGCGAGCUGGGGCGCCGUCUUGCAGCACGUCAAGCGUUAUCGCGACCAGCAGCGCAGCGAUACCCCUGUCUCUGCAAGCUCCUUUAUGCGGAGCCACGCCCACUUUGAGCAUCUGCUCCGCCUUGCAGAGGAUCAGCCGGCUCUCGGAAACGUGCUCUAUCUCUGCUCGGUGCCGCCGCCGCGGCCGGACGUGCAGCUCUUCCUUUCCUGCCCUCGCAACGCCGAGCGCGCGGUUGAAAUUGCCGCCAUCUACCAGACCUUUGCAAAGCAGGUGUCCCUCGUCAAGUGCGAGGCGGAGCUCAUUAUGUGGGACAGCAACAACGAUGGGCGGCUCUCGGAGGAUGAGGUGGAGAACUACGUGCGCGAUCUGGCGCCCCGGAUCGCUGCGCUGCAGGCGAUAGGCACGGACAUGCUCCCCUUCUACUGCUGCACAGUGAGUCGUCGGCUCUUCUGGGACCUCGACCCCGGCAAUCGCGGCGUGCUGCGCAUCCACUCCUUGCUGCACAGCGGGGUCAUGGAUGAGUGGGUGAGCCUGCAGCUCAUGACGGAGGACGACCCGCAGAACUGGUUCGGUGCUCUCGUUACGCAGCAGCUCUACAACAAGUUCGUGCUGCUGGACACCCGUAACACGGGCACGCUCAAUGUAGAGAACCUGCGUGGGUACAAAAAGGGUUUACCAACCGUGCUCGACGACGGUCUGCCGCCGGACGUCAGUCCACUCUGCUCCCUCUUUAUCGAUCGUUACUUCGAGACGAACACGCUCAUGACACGGUCUGAGAUGGACUACCGCAAGUUUGUAGACUUUGUUAUAGCCGUGGAGCUGCUGCCGCAGUGCAGCCGGCCGUACUUCUUUUGGAACAUCCUUGACAUGGAAGGGACGGGCGUGUUGACGCCGAUGAUCGUCAACCAGUUCUUUCGCGAAACGCACGCGAAGCUAGUAGCCGCCGGGUUGGACGUGCCCUCGCGCGAGACGGUUGUGCAGGAGGUUUUUGACCUGAUCGAGAAGGCCGAGUCGCUGCUCAUCACGCGCGACGAGUUUGUGCGAUCUCCGCAGGCGGGAUUAUUUGUGGCACUCUUGAUUGACUGCCUCUCGUUCUGGACCUACGAAAACCGCGAGCAGCGCUGA